UUCUCACACGCACCUCAAACACGGGGCAAGUCAGAUAUCAUCCCCAGCGACCUGACUUCUGACCCAGAGCGGGACUCAGUGAUACUCUGUUCAAAAAGGAUUUAUUGUUUUUACCUCCAUGGAAAGUUAAAGAACAUAUUUGGAUUAUCUCUACAGAGUCAGGUUGUCUGAGAGUCCAGAGUUCUCUUUGCCACAAUGAGUUGGGGGGCGCUCUAUGCCCAGCUGGGCGGCGUCAACAAGCACUCCACCAGUCUGGGAAAGAUCUGGCUUUCCGUCCUUUUCAUCUUCCGCAUCACUAUCCUGGUUCUGGCUGCCGAGAGCGUCUGGGGCGAUGAGCAGUCAGACUUCACGUGCAACACACAGACGCCUGGCUGCAAAAACGUCUGCUACGACCACUUCUUCCCUGUGUCACAUAUCCGCUUGUGGUGCCUGCAGCUGAUCUUUGUGUCCACACCUGCCCUGCUGGUGGCUAUGCACGUCGCCUACAGGAAACGCGGGGAUAGGAGGAUCAUGCUGGCCAAUGGCAACGAGAAGGCGACAGAUUCGGACCUGGAGACGCUUAAGAGGAGACGUCUGCCGAUCACAGGCCCCCUGUGGUGGACCUACACGUGCAGCUUGUUCUUCAGGCUCAUCUUUGAGGGAGGGUUCAUGUAUGCUCUGUACUUUGUCUACGACGGUUUCCAGAUGCCCCGGCUGCUAAAGUGCGAGCAGUGGCCUUGCCCCAACAAGGUGGACUGCUUCAUCUCGCGGCCAACUGAGAAGACCAUCUUCACCAUCUUCAUGGUGUCCUCGUCUGCCAUCUGCAUGGUGCUGAACGUGGCUGAGCUGUGCUACCUCAUCGCCAAGGCGCUCAUGAGAUGCUCCUCCAGGGCAAACCGCAGGAAACACAACUACACCAACACAGACAGCAUGUCUCGCGACAAUGCCCUGAACAAGAAGAACGAGAUGCUGUUGUCGUCCCCUGCAGACUCUUCCACCAAUAAGACGAUGUGUUGAAGGACCGCCAUCAGUGGUGGAGUUGCCAGAGAAGGAAAAGCACAAACAGUAGAUCCAACCUUCCUAAAGUGUCAAAGUUUGUGUCUUUAGUUUAGGCUCUCAGUGUAAGAAUUGUGUCAUGGAAAGGUGACGAUUCUGAAGUCAAUUUUGAGACUGUGAGAACUUAAAAUCAGCACAAAAGAGAGAAGUGAAACAUGAUGGGUGGCCAACCAUCAGUAGGGAAAUCAAAAAUCACCCUUUUAUUCCUAUAUAUGGCCUCAGACUUGCCUCUAAAAGCAAAAAUAUCCAAAACUUACUUAACGUCUGACAGCAACAUUUUAAAUGUGGUAGUUUUCCCCCCUAAUAAGUGUUGCUUUGAGCGCCUGUUUCUGAUCUCGUUACAAAAAGCCGCCCGAUUGCAAAGAAUGGUGUUCACACAGCGAAGCAUCGUCCACACAAGUGUCACCUUACUUUUCAUACGGUCGUCGUUCGAUAGUGUUUUGAAGUCUUAAUUUAUUGAUCACGGUUUGAUGUUUGCUUGAAUGUGUUGACCGGUCGGGUCUCAGAACGAGUCUACACUGACAUCUAGUGGUCACAGAAGGAAAACCCUCCACGUGCACAAACGCUUUCCUCGAAGCCUGAAGGAGUUCUGAAGAGUUGCAGACGAGGAAAGGGGAACAAAUGAAGUCAUGAAAAGUAAAGCAGAAAAAAAAAAAAAAAAAAAAGUGCCUUUUGUGAUUACAUGUUAGUAUCUAGUUUACAACAGCGGACGUUUUAAUUGAAGUUUGGUUGAUUUUAAAACGUUUAUUGAUAAAAGCAGAUGAGUUUGUACGACCCUGAUGUCAUGAUAGCGGUGACUUGCAUGAAGUUGAGUUAGAGAAAAUGACCCCUUGAAUAUCGCUAGACUUUUUCAUUUGUGUGUGUGUGUGUGUGUGUGUGUGUGUGUGUGUGUGUGUGUGUGUUUAAUAACAGUACUGAGUGUUGCACAGGAUGAGAUAAUGCUGAUGAAGAAAAUAACAAAACAAGUGGAAUCACAACCCCAGAAGGUUUUACAGAUGUCAUGCCUUUAAUCAAAUUAGAAUGUCUUUUGUAUUUUACUUGAACUGAGAGUAUUUGAAUCAUAGUGUUUUGUGUUAUUAAGUCAAAUGCAUGAACACAGUGACAAGGUGUUGCAUUAUUUCACACAUGCAUGCUCGGUGAAGAAGAAUAUUGAAAUGUUUGGACUUGACUUUUUAUUCUUGAAUCAGCAAGUGCUUUAGAAACAUCCUCAAUGGAUGCUGUUGAAGCAUUUUCGGCUUUGAUGAGUUGAUCUGGAUAUCAACAUCUUAAAAAAAAAGAAGCAAAAUCUAAUGCCUUAAGAAUAUCCAUACAUCCAUCUUUUUGCAUUUUGUGUUGUUUUCUGCCUGAUGCCGUUGCCAAAAGUCUGCUCUGAACCUCGUUUCAGAAACAGAAUUCUAAAGUAGUACCAAUCAGCCUCAGACCUGCUCUGGUGGUAUUUAGACUUGUGUUGCUGUUGCAGUAUCUGCUCAACUGGUUAUAUCAGCUUUUAAAUGAGUGCCUUAUUUUAACCUCAACAGUAAUGACACCUCACUGAUCUCUGAGUGGAAAUGUCUUUGUCCUCCACACCUGCAGAAAAAAGACGAGUCAGAGCAGUUACUUCUGUGUCGGUCAAAUAAAACUCGACUCAUGUGAGCAGGAAAUUGUGUUUAAGUGAUUAGAAAACAAUGUUAGAAAAGUUUGACAAUCGAUGCGAUGUCAACAUUUAAAAUUUCACAAAGAAAGUUUGAAGCGUUUGGUGACAUCCUUCAGUUGGCAAUAACAUGAAACCAUGCAACGUCACAGGCAGUCUCUGUAUAAAGGUUUAGAAAAAUCUGUCUUUUGUUUUUCUGUCUUUUGCUUCCUGUAACAGCCAAGUAACAUUUUGAUACUACCUUUGUGAUAGCAAUGAUGUGAAAUAGUUUUUUUGAAGGGACCUGCCUGAUCAUUCCAGUCCCUAACAUGCCUCUGAUUUUCUUCAACAAUCUCUUAGACCGCUUUUAACAGCUAACGACUUAGUAAUGAGCAGAGAGCUUGCUCAGCAAGAAAUGAAGAGAGGAACUGUUUUGAUAAUUAUGUUUUGUACGUAAGAUAUUUUAUUACACUGGCACUUUGAUCCUUGAAGUAAUAAUGCUCUUUGAAAUUGUGUUUCAUAAAUCAGUAAAACGA